AUGGCUCCUGGGGAGAAGAUCAAAGCCAAAAUCAAAAAGAACUUGCCUGUGAAGGGUCCUCAGGCUUCCUCGAUCCAGGAGCUGAUGGAAUGGUACUGCCUGAACACCAACACCCACGGCUGCCGGCGCAUUGUGGUGUCCCGGGGCCGUCUCCGCAAGCUUACUUGGAUUUUGCUCACGCUUGCCGCCGUGGGGCUCAUCUUCUGGCAGUGCGCUCUGCUCAUUCUUUCCUUCUAUACCGUCUCUGUCUCCGUCAAGGUCCAUUUCCAGAAGCUCGAGUUCCCGGCUGUCACCAUCUGCAACAUCAAUCCUUACAAGUACAGUGUUGUGAAAGACCUUCUAGCUGACCUGGAUCAAGAGACCAAAAAUGCCUUGAAGAAUCUAUAUGGACUUUCUGAUAUCCAAUCCCGGAAGCGGCGUGAGGCUGAUCCUCCACAAUGGGAUGAAGGAGACAGUCAUUCAAAAUUCUUGAACAUCCUGCCUCUUGUAGUCUUUGAGUCAAAUGAUACGACCGAGGAAGCUACCGACCUCCUGACAGGAAGAAAACGGAAAGUCAGUGGCACCAUCGUCCAUAAGGCCUCUGAUAUUAUGCAUGUGCAGGAGACCAAGAAAACUGUAGGCUUCCAGAUGUGUGAAAAAAAUGGCACGAGUGACGACUGUGCCACAUAUACCUUCAACUCCGGAGUCAACGCCAUCCGGGAAUGGUACAAGCUGCACUACAUGAAUAUCAUGGCACAAGUGCCCCUGGAGAAGAAAAUCAACAUGAGCUACUCUGCAGAGGAAUUGCUAGUGACUUGCUUCUUUGAUGGGGUUUCUUGUGAUCCCAGGAACUUCACUCUUUUCCACCAUCCGAUGUAUGGGAAUUGUUACACCUUCAAUGGCGCCACCAAUGAGACCAUCCUCAAUACUUCCAUGGGAGGCAGUGAAUAUGGACUACAGGUCGUCCUUUAUGUAGAUGAAGCGGAGUAUAACCCCUUCUUGGUAUCAUCAACUGGGGCUAAGAUCAUUAUCCACAGGCAGGAUGAAUAUCCCUUUAUUGAAGACGUAGGAACGGAGAUCGAGACGGCUAUGGCCACAUCAAUAGGAAUGCACCUGACAGAGUCCUUCAAGCUGAGCGAGCCAUAUAGCCAGUGCACAAAGGAUGGCAGUGACGUGCCUGUCAAGAGUAUCUACAAUGCCACCUAUUCUCUGCAGAUAUGUCUUCACUCCUGUUUCCAGAGGCACAUGGCGGAGAAGUGCCACUGUGCCCAGUAUAGUCAACCCGCACCAGAAAAUGUCUCCUACUGCAAUUACCAGAAACACCCCAACUGGAUGUAUUGUUACUAUAAGCUGCACCAGGCAUUUGUCCGAGAAGAGCUGGGCUGCCAGACCAUCUGCCGGGAACCUUGCAACUUUAAAGAAUGGUCUUUGACCACCAGUCUGGCUCAGUGGCCAUCUGACAAUUCAGAGCAAUGGUUACUAGAUGUUCUCACGUGGGAUAAAGGCCAAAAAGAAAACAGAAGGCUUAACAAGACAGACUUAGCCAAGCUCUUGAUUUUCUAUAAAGAUCUGAACCAGAGAUCCAUCAUAGAGAAUCCCGCCAAUAGUAUUGAAACAUUGCUGUCCAACCUUGGGGGGCAACUAGGCCUGUGGAUGAGCUGCUCUGUGGUCUGCGUCCUCGAGAUCAUUGAGGUCUUCUUCGUCGAUUUCUUCUCCAUCAUUGCCCGGCGCUGCUGGCAGAAGACCAAGAAGCGGUGGGCCCAAAGGAAGACCCAACAGGGCCAAUCCUCCUCUGCAAACCCUGCAGACCUCACUGGCUGUGACAACCCAACCUGUGACCUUGAUGAUGACCUACCUACGUUCAAUACAGCUCUGCAGCUGCCUCAGGCCCCAGGGGGCCAUGUGCCUGGGACCCCACCACCCAAGUACAACACUCUGCGCAUUGAAAGGGCCUUUUCUAACCAACUGCAAGACACCCAAGACCCAGAAAAGCCCUGAGGUUGGAGGGGCCCCAUCUUUCUGCUAGUACCAAGAAGAAAGGAGGAGCCAGAGUACUGUCUAUGGGCAACUGGAUCAGCAUCUGCCCUGGAUACUGCCCCUCCAAUUAGGGCCAGACCCUCCCUCCUGCUGGUCUGAGGCUCUAAAUCUGCCCCUGGAACCUGUCUAGCAGACACAGCCAGGAACAAAACCCCUGCACCUGAGAAAAAUGCUGUCGCCCAUUUUUCUGAAAUGUUGAUUAAGACUCAUUUUUGAAGUUUUACCAAUGGGCCUUGGGCACAGGCAAGAACUGACAGAUGCCUCAUCUCUCUCAUAGCUGGGAAUAAGGGAGGGAUCCAGGACCAGAGCUUUCACAUCUCUGGGGAUUUUUGCAAAGAGGCAAAUUUUGCCUUGAUUAUAGUGGGAAACCACUACAGUUAGAGCUACCCCCAAAGUGGAAGUUGCUGCUUUGGGAGGUUGUGAGUUCUCCCUUAAGCAAAUGCUAGAUGACCAUUUGGGUACAUUAGAGAGGGAGUCCUUUUUUCAGAUAUGGGUUGGACUAGGUGGUCAUUGAGGUCCAUUCCAGUCAUGAAAUUCCGUAAGGCAGGAACCAAGGAAGCGUUCUGUAAGAGCCUGGCAAACGGAGGCAAAGUAAUAAGGUCUAAAAGUCAUUGCACUGGCGUGACUGCAGAGACUGAGACAAGCAGGCUAGCCCAGAGGAAGGGCUGAGCCCCGCUGACUCUCAAUCAAGUGUCUCUAGGGUAAAAAAAGAGGUUUUUGUUUCAUGGCCAGACUGGCUGUGUAGGAUACUGCACCCUGGGAACCUCUAAAACAUAGAAAGGUGUUCCUGGUCUAUGACUGAUGCUGCUUUUAAAGUGAAUUAUUUAAAACUGUGUGGCCUGGAAAGUCUGUCCAAAUGAGAGAUCUAUUUUUUAAUAAACUUAGUUUGUUUUUU